AUGUUUAAGAGUGGAUCAAUUAGAGAUCAAGAAAUAUUAGAUACACUCGAAUUAAAUAAAGAAUAUGUAAAGUCAUUAUUAAAUAACAAUGGUCUUCAACAACAAAGAUCUGUAGUACUCAACAGUAACAACAAUGAUAAUGAUAAAGGAACAAUCUCUUCAACGACAACUACUACAAAGGAUGAUAAAACAGUUGAUGAUCAUGAAUUGAUGAUGAGAGAUAGAGGUACUGGUAGAAACUUUAGUCCUAGUAUUGGUUAUCUUCAAAAUGUAAUACACCAUAUGGUCGAUCACAACACUUAUCUUACAGAUCAAGAAUCAAAAUUGUACAAUUCAACAACAACAAAUAACAACAAGAAUCGUAAUGAUGAUCAUACUCCUUUUAAACAAGGUCGUUCCUCUUCAUCAUCUUCAUCUUCAACUUUAUUCUCUCCUUAUUCAAGACAUCAAGACAAUCAUAAAAGAAGUAGAAACGUUCAAAGAAGAGAACCAACAUCACAGUAUGAUAGAGAAAGAGAUGAAUACAACAAAAAGAGAGAGCAGACAUAUAAUAAUCGAAUGAAAUCAAUGCUCCAACCAUCCCCAUCUUCAACAACAACAACAACAAAAAGAGAUCGUGACGAUAAUUAUUAUUACAACUCCUCUGAAGAUGAUCAUUAUAGUGAUGAUUAUUCAAUGGAUUCUGGUUAUGAUGACAAUGACGACGACGAGAUCCCAGAGAUAUUGACAAGAACUCAAGUAAGAGGUAGAGGAAGGAUUGGAAGCAGAGCCAAUGAUGAACAAAAAGAUAAGGAAUUGUUGUACAGAUUAAAAGACAAUUAUGGAAUUAAUUUAGAUGUGUAUGGACCAUCGGAAAGAAGAAGUAGAAGUAGGACAAGAAGUAGGAGUCCAAGUCAAAAUAGGUUUAGAAGUAAGAGUCCAAUAAGCAAAAGAGAUCGUCACAAGACCCGCCAAGAUCUAGAUUGGAAAUCUUCAAGUACAAAAAGAAAAGAAAGGAAAUCGAGUCGAUCAAGAAGUACUUCGUCAUCAUCAUCAAGUGACGGUAGUAGUGAAGAUGAAAAGAAAAAAAGAAAGAAAAGAAAAGAAAGGAAAAGAGAAAAAAGAAAAAAGAAAAAGAGUAAAAGGAAAAAUAAAUCAACAGAUGGCAGCAACAAGGACUAA